AUGGCUGCCGGCGGCGAUCGCGGGGAGGGGUGGCUGGUGGGAGCCAUCGACCAGGGCACGACGAGCACGCGAUUCUUCCUCUACGAUGACCAUUUGCGCGUCGUCGCGUCGCACCAAAUGGAGUUCGAGCAGAUUCAGCCUCAGGCCGGCUGGGUGGAGCACGACCCCAUUGGUCAUUCUCUCCACGGUCCGCCAGUGCAUGGAGGGAGCGAUAGCAGCAGCGAGGAGAAUGCAACAGGCGGGCUUAUCUUCUCCCUCCCCCACCUUCCCACCCCACUCCUGUGUCCAGCUGGGUGGAGCACGACCCCAUGCUGGGUGGAGCACGACCCCAUGGUCAUCCUCUCUACAGUCCACCAGUGCAUGGAGGGGGCGAUGGCAGCAGCGCGGAGCAAGGGGGUGGAUGUUGGCCCUGACACGGUCCGGGCGGUGGGGCUGACCAAUCAGAGAGAGACAACUGUCGUGUGGCGCAGGAGCACGGGCGAGCCUCUGUACAAUGCAAUUGUGUGGAUGGACGUGCGCACGAGCGCUGUGUGCCAGCGAUUGGAGCAGCAGCUUUCAGGAGGUCGGGACGAGUGGAGGGGCGUGACGGGACUUCCCCUCAGCACCUACUUCAGCGCCCUCAAGCUGGCGUGGCUGCUGGAGGAGGUGCCAGCUGUCAGGCAGGCAGUGGAGGAAGGCGAUGCGCUGUUUGGCACCAUUGACACGUGGCUCAUCUGGAACCUGACAGGUGGUGCAUGCCACGUGACUGACAGCAGCAAUGCCUCGCGCACUCUGCUCAUGGACCUCUGGGCGCUGCAGUGGAGCCAACCCAUUCAACCUCCCUUCCCCUUCCACACACCCACUCCUCCACUUGCCCCUACAUCUACAGGCGGUGCCUGCCAUGUGACGGACAGCAGCAAUGCCUCGCGCACGCUGCUCAUGGACCUGAGAGCACUGGAGUGGAGCCAACCCAUUCUCGACGCUCUCAACAUUCCCAGAAGCAUCCUCCCCAGCAUCAUCUCCAGUGCUGCACAUCGCACCUAUUGCCUCUCGUGGCCACUAGCGGGCGUGCCACUGUCGGGCUGUCUGGGCGACCAGCACACCGCCACACAGCAGUACUCUCAGGGGCAUGCGCACAGGCCAACGCUCUCUCUAUGCUACCCUUCCUCUCCGCCCUGUCACCCAACCACCUCAGAGCCCAUCGCCCCCAUCUCCUCCUCGUGGCCACUAGUGGGCGUGCCACUGUCGGGCUGUCUGGGCGACCAGCACACUGCCGUGCUGGGGCAGCGGUGCACCCACCCUUUUCUCUCCUUCCCUCUAUGCCCUCCCUUCCCCCUCUCCGUGCCAUCAGAGCACCAUCGCCCCCAUCUCCUCCACUUGGCCCCUAGCAGGGGCGCCGCUGUCGGGCUGUCUAGGAGACCAGCACGCGGCCAUGCUGGGGCAGCGGUGCUCACAAUAGAGCCUAUCGCCCCUGGGCCAGCAAGCCCAUCGCCCCCAUCACCUCCUUGUGGCCACUGGCAGGGGUGCCGCUAUCGGGCUGCCUUGGUGACCAGCACGCUGCUAUGCUGGGGCAGCGAGCACAUCGCCCCUAUAGCUUCCUCGUGGCCACUGGCAGGGGUGCCGCUGUCAGGCUGCCUUGGCGACCAACACGCGGCCAUGCUGGGGCAGCGGUGCUCGCAGGGGCAAGCUAAAGCCACAUUCGGCACGGGGUGUUUCAUGCUGCUCAACACAGGCCCGCAGGGACAAGCUAAAGCCACGUUCGGCACGGGGUGCUUCAUGCUGCUCAACACAGGCCCGCAGGUGUGCACAUCCCAGCAUGGCCUGCUCAGUACAGUGGCGUUCCAACUGGGGAGAAAGGAAGAGGAGAGAGGAAAGGAAGUCAGAGGGGAGGCAGGCGGAGUGGGCAGCAGAAGCGGGGCAGAUGCAGCAGAAUGCACAGAAGAAGCUGGUACUCGCAUGGGCAGGAGUGCCAGUGCCGGCAGUGGCGGCAGCAGCAGUGGCGGCAGUGGCACGUGCUACUAUGCCUUGGAGGGCAGCAUAGCCAUAGCAGGGGCUGCGGUGCAGUGGCUGAGGGACAACCUUGGGAUCAUCUCCAGCACCAAGGACGUGGAGGCUCUAGCUGCCUCGGUGCCCCACACAGGGGGGGUUUACUUUGUGCAGUGGCCAGUGCAGUGCCUGAGGGACAACCUCGGGAUCAUCUCCAAUGCCUGGGAUGUGAAACCCCUUGCUGCCUCGGUGCCCGAUACGGGAGGGUGUACUUCGUGCCCGCAUUCAGGUGAGUGCUACGGGACUCAUGACCAUGUUACGAGCCUUCAGGCAAAGUGGCCGGUGCAGUGCCUGAGGGACAACCUCGGGAUCAUCUCGAAUGCUCGGGAGGUGGAAUGCCUUGCUGCUUCGGUGCCUCAUACAGGAGGGGUUUACUGUGUGCCGGCCUUCAGUGGGCUGUUUGCACCUCGAUGGAGAGAGGACGCGAGGGGAGUGAUAGUGGGUCUGUCCCGCUUCACUACAAGAGCACACAUCGCCCGGGCCGUGCUGGAAGCCAUAGCGUGGCAGGUGGGUGGUGAAGGCAGGUGGGUUGUGAAGGCAGGUGGGUUGUGA